CGUUCCGUUUCCGUGUGUCAGCAGGUAGAGGAAAGCGGGUUACACGGCACGCCCCGGCCCCUGACCGUUACAUCGGCUGCGGUGACUGUAUGGAAGUUCAUUACACCCUCCAGCUAGAAAAACAUCUGCUGGCUCUGCUGAUGUUUCCUGUGCGACUGCGGGGGGAGGAUCCGGCGAGGAUGUGACCGUUCUCUCCUACACACAGUUCACAUGGAACCUUCAGUCGCCUCUUUACUCCAUACGACUAUCCAGGUGCCGGGGUCCCCCCUGAAGAAGCCUCGGCGGUCGUAGAGUUAACUACUAAAAGAUCAGCGUGACAGCGGAGUCUUCAUUGGUCUCAAACUGUGGCCUACCAGAUGUUGCAAAACUUCAACUCCCAGCAUGUCCAGACGCAGCAUGUCCAGACGCAGCAUGUCCAGACGCAGCAUGUCCAGACGCAGCAUGUCCAGACAGCCAACAGUUUUGCCACAUUUGGUGGUCCACAGCCUUCUGGCGUUCCAAGGAAAUAACUUCCACAUUCAGCCGUGAAGGAUUCGACUCCAGGGCUUAAAGAAAUCUCUCUUUUCUGCUGAAGAAUCUCGGACGGUUAUAGAAACUAAGUCGGAAGAUUGAAGUCACAUGAUCUUUCACUGUACGGAAUGCAUUAUUUUUCUUCCAUAGAGACGUGAUAUGGAAUAAGGUGUUUUUUUUGUUAGUUUUUUUGGAUUUUUGUUUUUUGGCUUACUAUGGAACAGCUCUUGCACCAUGUUUGAUCUACCUCCUAAGGCUCGGAAAUAUCAUCUGAGAUACUUACCAAGUUCAUCCAUAGUCAUUCUUGGCCCGUCGCUUCCCAUUGAUGGGUAAGAUACAGAACAGACACGGUUAUGUUAUGUUGUGAUCCAAAUGUUUUGAAGCUUCUUGGAAUCGGAGAGAACUAUUCUUCUUCCUAUGAUGCUCUGUAUUCGUUGGCAUUACCGAUUCACCCACCAGAAGAGGACAGUAUGGAUCCCGCCUCUGCUCUGUGCGGCGGCCAUCUUGAUCUAUUUCUUCUAUUUCUGUCCAGACUACUCAAACCCGUUGGAUCCUGUCGAUUUGUUUGACAAGAACGUAUGCUCGUGUGGACUGUGCAAGCCAAAGCCCCUCAGCUCUCCGUGGUUUGAGCAGCAUUUCAAUGGAUCCGUUGAGCCUCUAUUAGUAAGAAAGGAUCAGGUCAUACCCGACCAUGUAUUAAAAUGGUGGCUGAAACUUCAAGGGUUAAACAACGCAAGUCAACUCCCAUGGGUACUAGAGCAACUGUUCAAAGUCAUUCCAAGCAGGAACCCUUAUGAGGAACAGUAUAACCGGCCAUGCCGGAGCUGCGCCGUGGUGGGGAAUUCUGGCAAUCUCAAAGGUGCUCGUCAUGGAGCAAAAAUUAAUUCACAUAAUUUCAUUAUCAGAAUGAAUGGCGCUCGCACCUCCGGCUUUGAGGACGACGUUGGCUCCAGGACAACCCACCAUUUUAUGUACCCAGAGAGUGCCAUGCAUCUCCCACCCGGAGUUCACUUGGUCCUGGUCCCUUUUAAACUCCAAGACAUAAAGUGGAUUACAAGCGCCCUCUCUACGGGAGAGAUAAAGUUUACAUACACAAGAGUGAAGCAGUUCAUUCAUGUGGAUAAAGAUAAGGUAUUAAUAUUCAACCCGGCAUUUUUUAAAUACAUCCACGAUAACUGGACCAAUCACCACGGGAAGUAUCCGUCUACUGGAAUGCUGGCGCUCUUUUUUGCCUUACAUGUAUGUGAUGAGAUAUCAGUAUUUGGUUUUGGUGCCGACCAGAAAGGGAAUUGGCACCACUACUGGGAAAACAACAGAUUCGCCGGAGCCUUUAAAUUUACUGGUGUCCACAAUGCGGAGUUCGAGUCAAAACUCAUCGCUGCGUUGGCUCAGGAAGGAAGAUUGAAAUUCUACAGAUAACGCACAUGAAAUGAUAAAAAAUAUCAUGUUUUCUACUUUGAUAAUAUAAAGAAAAAAUUUAUAUGAAAUAAAAAAUUUUUUUUUUUGAAGAUUUGAUUUAUUGGGGUCUCAGAGCUGAGACCUUCACUGAUUAUUACAAUGAGCAGGGAGAAGCGCACAGCAGCGCCUUUCACUCCCCGAUUAUCAGUGAUCUCAGAUCUGGGGAGUGAAGGGCGCUACUGUGCGUUUCUCCCUGCUCAUUGUAAUAAUCAGUGAAGGUCUGUGGUAAUUUUCCAAAACCGCAGCAUGUUGAGGCAAUGGCGUUCGUUUUGUUUUUUCGGCAAAAAUCUUGGCAUUCCUCCCCCCCAUAGAAGUCUAGUCUAUGGGAGACAAAAAUAAAUUCCAUAA